AUUCAGUCGCAUUUUUAUUCAGUCAGUGUAAAGUAGAGAAAGGUGAGGGUGUCUUGCUAACACUUCGUGUUAAAUAAUUUCAAAGCAACUUAACUUUGCUUCAAAGUUCUACUUGGACGUUCCAAAUAAGUUUAAUAACCCUGUUGAAAAAUACAGUAGCUAAAAAGAACGGAAUUUUAAAAUAAAGUGAAAAUGUUUACGUAUAUUGCUGUUUUAGUUUUGUGUAUUUCAGCAGUAAACAGUGAUGGUGCUUUAAAAUUUUAUCAGGAAAAGAAUUACCAUGAAGCUCAAGAAUUAACAGAUGCGGAUGUGAAGGCUUUAGCAAAUUUGUCUGACAUGACACAUUUCAAAGCUGUGCUCGACGAGAUCCUCAUCCCAAGGGUUGUCGGCACUCCGAAUCACAAGAAAGUUGGCAACUUUAUCAUCAAACAGAUGCGGGACUUAGGAUGGGAUGUCACUGAGAAUGUCUUCCCUGAUAAGACACCUGUAUUUGGGACACUGAACUUUAAAAACAUUAUUGCAAAGUUGAACCCGAAUGCAGACAGAUAUUUAGUACUAGCUUGCCAUUACGACAGCAAAUAUACGAGAGAACAUGUGUUUGUAGGCGCCACUGAUUCCGCUGUUCCAUGCGCCAUGAUGAUCAACCUUGCGAAGGUCAUGUCCAAACAGCUCGAUAAGCUGAAAAGGGAGCGGCUCAGCCUUAUGUUCUUAUUCUUCGACGGAGAGGAAGCCUUCCUGCAGUGGGGGCCUAAGGACUCAAUCUACGGCGCGCGCCAUCUUGCGGAUAAGUGGGAGACUACGCCGUACAAAGAUGGUGGCAAUAAUCUGCACAGGAUGGAUAUGUUGGUACUCCUAGACCUCCUGGGUGCACCGGACCCAGUGUUCUACAGCUACUUCAAAUCGACUGAGAAGUGGUACGUGAGGCUGGCAGCCGCUGAGCAGAGACUGGCCGAAUUGGGCCUUAUGCAGGGCUAUUCUAAGGGCAAAGCGGAACAGACCUACUUCAGAUUGAGAAGCUCCGGUGCGUUUAUAGAAGACGAUCACAUACCGUUCUGGAAGAGAAACGUGGACAUACUACAUCUGAUCCCGACACCGUUCCCGACUGUCUGGCACACGGAACACGACAACCGAUCCGCGUUGGAUUUCAACACGAUCGAGAAUUUGAACAAGAUCAUGCGAAUAUUCGUCGCGGAGUAUCUGAACGCGAAGCCCUAGCGCCGGUGGAGGCUCGAAGCGAUACUGGUAGUUCGGUGAAGCUAUGAAAAAAAGAUAUGAAAAAAUAAGUCAAAACAAAAAAAAAAUUGUAAAAGAAUAUGAUUCUCUCAAUGACCUUACAAAAUACUCUAUCUCAAUGUCAUUUAUUUUAAAUCUUAUGAAUAAGAAGACAAAGACAGUCUUUUUCUGUGCACCAAUUAGAAAAACAUGGAGUUCUAAUAAUGAGGUAAAUUACCUAAACAAUGAUUAAUGUCAACGUGCAAUUGAAAUGUGAGUUAUUUAUUUAUUGAUACCUAUAUGUAUGUAUGAACUGUUGCUAGCAUACAUAUAUAUUCCAUUAGUUAAGCUACGUACAUAUCUAAAUGAAAAUCUUGUGGAAAACCUCUUUUUUAAUCUUUCUGUUGAAAAAUAAAUUUUGAAACAAGUAAUGAAUGGUAAAUACCUAAUGUAAAAUAAUUAAUAAGGCCCUUUGUUAUUUAUGAUCUUUCUUACCUAUUUUUUUUUAACAAAAGGCGUGUUCGAGAUUGUUUUCCUUCAAUAUCUUAACUAAUGGAUUAUGUCUACGUAAAAAGUUUCAAGAAGCUGGGCCUAUCACUACAAACACUUCGGUGCUUUCGUUAGAAAUUGCAUAAUUUUUACAAUAACUAGUUUUAAGUUAUUUUGUGCUGUGUAUUAUUUACAACGAUCAAUGUAAAUAAACUAUAGCUAUGUAGUUAUUUCUGGCCUAAUAUAAUCUUAUUAAAAUUCAAUCUUCUGUCUUGUUAAAACGUUUGAGGUAUUAUGAAAGAAAACAGAAUAAUAGACAAUUAUGUAUAUAUAAAUAUAUAUAUAAGAUUGGGUUUUUAAAGUACUUUGAAGUUGAUAAUUAAUGAUCACUUAUUUAAAACAUGAUUUGUUCCUUAUACGGUUGUGUGAAUGGAAUAUUCCACAUAGAUUGUAUUUUCUGAUAUUAUAUUAUGUAUGUUAUGUAAUAUAUUAGGUAUUGUAAAUAAUAUACAAACUUUGUUAUAAGAUUUUAAUUAAAAAAACCACAUAAUAAGAGUACUUACUUUAUACAACUUAAACAAAAUAUAAUUUUGUGAAUUAAAAAAUAAGUUUUUAAAUGUUUGAUGCUUUAUUUUUUUUAAUGAAAAUCAUAUUUUACAAGUAUUUAUCAUGAAGGGUUAGAUCUGUGAUAUCACAUCCGUGAGAGGCCAGGGGGGGUCAAUUGUUUCCUUGUUUUUUUUAACAUUUAGUGUUUAAAUUUAUAUAAAGAAUAUUGGCACAUUCAUUUUUGAUGAUUUGACCCCCAAUACCUGUGGUCACAUAGUUUCUAUAUAAAUAAAAUUACUAUUUAUGAUGGACAUAUAUCUUUAAGUAAUCGAUUUUAUCGACUUCACAACGACGGGAUAAAAUAAUUUUAAUUUUUUCUGCUCCAAAUACAGGUUAACUUGCAUUCCGUUCUUUUUAUUUAUACAAAUAUUUUAUUAUUUUACAAAUUAUACAAAAAUGUAUGAAAUGAAAAUAAAUUGAUGACAUGUAACAGUC